AUGCCGAGCAUACCACCACUACAAAGCCUGCGCGCGCGCAUGGGCUCCAAGAGGCCCGGUGGUGCCGUGAUCAUCUCCUCAUAUGUCUUCGACUGGAUCGUCGUCGUUGUAGUGUUUGGGAUUGCGGCUUAUAUGAACAACCACGAACCAAAUAGGAGACCCUUCAGCCUUGAGGACCCCAACAUCUCUUUUCCAUUCACGGAGCAUGAGACCGUACCGUCCUGGCUCCUCAUCACCCUCUGCACCGGCGUCCCUAUUGUCGUCAUCCCCAUCAUCAGCCUGCUCUUCGUUCCAGGCCACACCGUCCCGUCCAGCACCCCCAAGGCUCUCAUCUGGAGGCGCAAGCUAUGGGAACUCCACGUCGGCUGGCUGGGUCUCGCACUGUCCCUCGCCGGCACCUGGUUCAUCACGAACGGCAUGAAGAAUAUGUGCGGCAAGCCGAGGCCGGACCUGCUCGCCCGGUGCAACCCAGAUGUCGACAAUUUUGCGCAGUAUGUUCUCGGCGGCGUGAAUGUCGACACGGGGUUUCAGCAGCUGGUGUCGGCCGAUAUCUGCCGGGGCAUGGCCAACCACGAUGACGCGCAGAGCAUACUGGAGGACGGGUUUAGGAGUUACCCGUCGGGCCACUCGAGCUCGUCGGCGGCGGGGCUGGUCUACCUGUCGCUCUUCAUCGCGAGCAAGUUUGCCAUCACGAUCCCGUUCCUGGCACCAGGAGACACCUCAGCAACCUCCUUCACAGCCUUCCCCUCGCGAAGCAACCUCUCCUCCCGGCAGGAAGACCAGCAGCGCCUAAGUGCCCCCCACAACCCGAACGCCCAGCACCUCUUCUCUGCCCACAAUGCCCGCCUCACCGCCGCACGUCGCCAGGCCGCCGCACCACCACUGUACCUCCUCGUCCUCGCCGUGGUGCCUUUCUUCACCGCCGUGUUCAUCGCCUCGUCCCGCUGGUUCAACUUCCGCCACCACGGAUUCGAUAUCCUCUUCGGCUUCUUCAUCGGCACUGUCUGUGCCUUCUUUGCUUUUCGCUGGUAUCAUCUUCCCGUGUCGCGCGGUGCAGGUUGGGCUUGGGGCCCACGUUCGGCGGAUAAGGCGUUUUGGGCUGGGGUUGGUAGCUUGAGCUAUGCGACAGAAUGGGAGCAGGAUGUCGAGGAUGGGUUUCGGCAGCAGCAGCAACGAGAGUUGCCGGAUGAGGAGAGACCUCACGAUGCAGCGAUGAUGAUGGAGGAGGGAAGGAAGGGCGUGCGUGCUGGGAGUGCGGAUAGUACUGGGCUCCACGGGGAUAUUGAGGACCAGGACGCCAGAAGGACGAUGUCCUAG